AAAUGACCGUAGGGAACGAAGCUUCUGUGACGUAACAAAAUUAUGCUAAUCAUUCUUGAUUUGUUUUCAAGCAUCGAAGCGAAGCGAAAGGACAAAGCGUGUGGCUUUGUGCGUGGGGAAGGGAUGCAUUUAGCACGAAACCGGCAAUAUUUUUAAACUUAAACAUGUGUUGUGGAAAUUUGUAGAACAAUCUGGGAGCCGUGAUCGUGAACUGGUAGUUAUUUCAUGUCUUGUGGUUGAUAUGGGUCUUGUGUAUUGUCAGGAAUUAACGGAAUGUUUGUGGCUAGCGAAUUUUUGAUCUGUGAUCGCGUUUUGUAUUACCUGUACGUGGAGUUUUGAGCGCCUUUGGAAUAUAAACACACAAUGUCAUGUGCCAAAGUUAUUACUGGAAAGCGACAUGAACGAAGCGAUUCUGAAUGUUUAUAUCAAGGGGAAUUCGUACAACUGAACGCCGACUUACAAUAUAUUCGACAUGCUAGAAUGUUUGUAAUGAAAGAUCGAAUUUGUCUGGCGUCCCUGGACCACGAGGAUGGCGAUUGUAGUAAUAAUUGUUUAGAAAUAUCUCGUUCAUGUGUCAACAUUGACUUUAUCAAGAAUUCUCCUUAUACGUUUAAACUGAAUGUAAAAUACUCGGGGAAUGAGACAAAUGUUUAUCAAUUAUGCGACAGACAGGACUCGUGGCCAGAAUUUUUAAAGUCUUUUGAUCUGCACGAUAAUAUUGAGCAAACUAGCAACAAACAACGGAUUUUACCUAAAGAAGUCACUUUCGAUGAAAUGGAUGACUAUAUUUCUGAUUCUGAAAGUGAAUGUUCAUCGCUUAGCGAGGGUAGCAGUGCGGACGAUAUUGGUCUGCCUAGAUACUUUACCUUAUGUGUUGGUCAAGGACUUGGCGGUAUGUCGACGUAUAAUGUUAAUAAUGCUAUGAUGAUGAUGAAUCCUGGCCAUGUACGACGAUUAAAUAAGGAUACUUCGACGAGACGUGGUUCUAUAGAUUUUCUAGGCUUACCUAGCAGUGAAUCGGAUGAGAGCUUACGGCAUUCAAAUUCCUAUCCACAGCUCAAUUAUAAUACCAAAACAGAGCGAAGUAGAUCUCUGCCUAACUUAACAGAAUUAGACAAUAUUUUAGUGGAUGAGGACCUCAGAUACGGCAGUUUUAAUAAACCAAAACGUCGUGGAUUUGGUUAUAACAGGCAUAGGCCUAACAGCAGUGAUGCUGACAAGAUAGCUAACUUCCUGUCGUCAGUGGAAUACAGGACUGAAUACGGCAAAAGACACGCACAUAAUCAUAGAGAGUUAUAUCUGAAUGAACAAAUACGUAAACUUAUUGCACAGCCCAGUGGUAUUAAGUUCUGCAAUACUGCAGGCAGAGCCGAGGAUAAGAAUGAAAAUAAACUAGAUCCUCCAUGUAUAUGCGAGAGUGUAGCAGCUCAUGAGCAUUUUGUUGAGCCAAAAGCCCCAACUGAACCGCCGAAAUCUAGAGCAUAUCAUGAUGUCAUUGAUACCACUGGUGGUAAAUUCAAGCUGUCGUUUAAAAAAUUUUGGAAACGUAGAGAGAAAGUUAAUAUCAAUAAGUCUGGGGUAAAAUCUGAUGCAUCUGCCCAACAAGAGAGUGACCCGGAACAUGUUGUAUUUAUUAACAAACUUGCAGUAGAUUACAAAUGUAAUGUCCAGUCAAUGCCCAGUUAUGCAGUUUCUAGCGAUCGGAGAGGCGGCCUUGGCUCCGAUACUAGCGGGAAAAAAGAACAAGUUAAUAUAUCUGCUGUUACCAAACAAAAAGACUGCACAUCCUCUACAGGUAAGGACAUAACAUGAACUUGUUGAAUGCUUAUAUUUGCUUUAAACAUUAGGAAAUUGUUGACUCGAUAUAUUUACCUGCCUUGCAGCUGCAUAUAAUCUAGGCCCACAAUUUGACAUCAUUAUGUUGGAUUUAAUCCCAAAUAUACUUCCUUAAAGUUGCAAUUAAGAACCGAAAUUUGUACAAGUUAGAGCUUUUCUGCAGGCAUUUGUUAUAUACGCAUUUUUAUAAGCAUUGUGAACAGGGAUUGUUCAGUCUAGCAUUUCAUUGGGCAUUUGUACAAGUUUUUUUACAGCGAGUGAUUAUAGCUUGUUCGUACGCAUUUGUACGUAAACAAAAAUUCCCUAUGCAUUUGUAAACUAUAAUAUUUCUAUAACAUGCAAAACCCAUUAAUAGCUUGUUCCAAUCAGCUGAAUUUGUGGAAUAAUAAACUUUGUUUACAUGCUCUUAAAUGCUAUUGAGACAAUUAUUAGAGCUCUUUCAUACGCAUAUUUUCGUAUGAAAAGCUUUAUAUAUUUAUAUCACCACAUGCAAGAAUUAAUAUUAUGUGUUGUCUGUCUAGUUUCGGCUGAAUAUGUACUAAACUUUGCUUUUUAAAUAAAGGACAUUGCAUAGAAGCAAAUGUUGAAGUAUGAAUGCUUUAAAUAUCGUAUAGUAUAUUAAACUUAUUUAGUUGUAGUAAACACAGCAAGGCGUCAUGCGAUCUCUGCCGGCAAAAGAAUUUGAAAAUUAUUUGCAAAGGUUAAGAAUAUAAGACUGUGAACCUAUUUUAGCUCGAAAUAUGUCUACAUUUAGCAAGGCAAUGUAUGUUAAUAGGGGCAUUGCAUAUAUGCAUGUGAACAUCUGUUAACAAACAACAGCAAUAAAACAUUUUUAAACGAACUUUGAUCUAUAGCGGUAAAGGCAGGUUGUAUAGGUGUCAAUUGUAAAGCUUUUCACGCUUUUGUUUUGAUUUUACCGAACAGAUGCCCCAAUUUGUGGUUUAUUCUCAUUGCAUAUCCAUAAUACAUAACACAGCCUUUGUUGAGUAUUAUUUCUAAGCUCAAUAAAAGCGUUUUGCCAGAUGUUUAGAUGAAAAAAAUAACCCAAAUGGUUUUAAUAAUUCCCAUGAGUAAAACAAUCCAAAAUUUAUAUCUCUGGAAGGCUCCCUAUUGUUCCACAACAUACCACCUACAGCUAAUCUAAUUGAAAGCAUUUUCAUGUUGACAUUAUACCACAUUAUAUUAUAGAACUGUUUAGUUUUUCUUUCCUUUGUAUUUUGUUUAAAAACUUUCAGACUUUGGGUUAGUCUGUACACAAAUGUUGAAAUAUGCUCCUUUGCCUCUAGAAGGGCAAAGAUCAAUCUAGAAAGUGAUUAAUUAUUUACUUAGUGCAUCAUUUAUGAGGCUAUAACAAAUAUCUAGCAUGAAUAAUGAUCUCUCUCUAGUCAUGAAAUGCUCGCUCAGCAGCUCAACCUUAGUGAAUAUUUGAAAUUCCAACUAUGGGAUGGUAUAUCUCCUUAUUGGAAGGGAGUUUUUUUGUUUUAUUGCUUUAGCCAUAACAAACCUAAAUCAAUUUGGGUGUGAUGACUCCAGAUCAACUUUGUGGUCUCAAUAAUUUAUGCAAUUAUAAACUCAUGAUUGUUCGAGACACUGUGAGACCAAUAAGGUUAUGAAAUGAACAUAAAUAUUAACAUAGUGUUAUGACAGAUUUUGUUGCUCAAUACUUUGGGUAGUAAAAUGAGAGAGAAACUAUAUCAUAUAUGUACUGUAGUUUUGGCCUUGCUUUUACUCAUAAAACAUACAAUAAUGUGAACUGCAGGUUACUACAACAUUCUACUCCAUUCAGUAUGCAACUGGUCCAUAUACAAAUUGUAUUAUACCCUUUUAAUACAACCAGCACUGAACCGAAAGAGAAGUGAUAUUGUAUGUAAGUUUAUGCUCUGUUUUGUAGAAAAUAUUACCCUGAAAAUACAAUACAUAUACAGUACAUGUACGUAGGUUACAACAAUGCAACAUUCUACCAUUGAGUAUGCAACUGCUCCAUUUACUGAUAUUAUACACUUUAGGAUACAAUUUUAACAUUUCGUUUAAAGCGAUGUAUCUUUUCAAGCAUAUGGAUAGGCCAUUUUAGAGAUGUCUGAUGCUGAAAUAAGUUAUUGCCAUGCUUUAAAGCAGAUCACAUGAUACUGUAAAAUAUGUGACCACAUGCUUGUAUUUGAACUCGACAAUUCUAUGAUUUUAAUGUGGCUUGUUAUAGGAGCACCAAUCUUAUAGAUGAAAGUCCAUCUAAUAAUUUGAAAUUUUCAGUAAGAAUGCAGCAAAAAAAACAACUUAACCAAUUCCUCGUAAAUGAUCAAAAUGUAUUCAUGCAUGUUUAUCUCCAGAUCUCUGGACAUAUUGGACCACACAUGAGUCAUUGGCACUAAACAAACACUAAUAAAUUAAUCUUAAUAGUUUGAAUUAGAGAAUUGGACUGUAGUUAAGAAAUAUUGAUUUAAGUUGUGAAAAUUUACAUCAAGUAUGUUCCUAAAAUAUUAUUUGUUAGACACAUUGAAUGCGUAAAUUAAUUCAAAGAGAACCUUAUCGCAACUUCCAGACUUAUCAUAGUACUUGAAAAUGUCAAAACAUGCUUCCUGGAAAGCCAUGACCUUGCCUCUAUAAAGAUUUAUCUGGAUGCCCGAUUGGUGAAGCAUCAAAUAUAGCUGGUGUUCACAUUUUCAUUUGUAGAAAAUUUUCCGUUCAAAGCAGUCUCUAAGUUUCAGGUGUAGGACGAUGGGAUGGAUAUACAUGCACAGUGGAUGCAUAGGUGUGCUUAUAAGAUUUUCAUGAAACCUCAUUCUGGGCUAUUUUAAAGAAUGUAUAUUUCAAAUUUGUAUGUAGAAUAGUUACAAAUGUUGUUUUGAUAAUAUUGUUACAUGUAUAUAGAUUAUAGAAUUAUACGGGUAGUAUAAUAUUUACGUAAAUGAAUAAAAUUUUUACACCUUUUUGUCACGUUGUAAGUGUGGCUGGCCUGUACCAACCGGAAAAUUUACAGCCAGCAUUCUGCAUGAAUGUUGCCCUGCAUAGUGCAAAGUUUUUGUUCCUGAUUUAAUUUGCUAUUACUGUAUGUACGUGUUCUGUAAUAGUGUCUCAGAUAAUAAUGAUGUCGCUAUGUAAAUGCACAGUCUGCACAAGAUUGACAGUUCAAUUUUGAAGAGAAAAUGUUUCAUGUCUUAAUCUGUGUUUUAUCUUGUUCUGCUAUAGGUGUCCAGUCAAAGGAGAAAACCAAGUUAACUCCUAAUUCUCAACCAACAUUCACAGGUGUGUGUAGAGCCCUACUUUAAGGCCAUGUUACACAGUGCAAUUUUUCUUGCAACUUGCAAUGCAAUUCUACUCUUGAGAGAUGUAAAAUUGCCAAAUACGAGUCUUCGUUACACUCCGCUGAUGUUUUCUCAACAUAUCGAAAAUAAUUCCGCUCGGCUAUUAAGGCCAUGUUACACGGUGCAAUUUCUCUUGCAACUUGCAAUGCAAUUCUACUCUUGAGAGAUGUAAAAUUGCCAAAUACGAGUCUUCGUUACACUCCGCUGAUGUUUUCUCAACAUAUCGAAAAUUCUUCACUGAUUUCACUAAUUAACAUCUCUCAAGAGUAGAAUUGCAUUGCAAGUUGCAAGAAAAAUUGCACCGUGUAACAUGGCCUUUAGUCUACAGUAUGUAUAUAUGUAUAAUCUUGGUCUGUGCCAGUGUAGGUAGUGCCAAUAAUAAGAAAGCUUCAGAUUGAUAGGGAUGCAACUACCUGAAAAAUACAAGGUGAACUUCAGUAGGAUACAACAAGGUAGUUGUAUCCUUGUCAAUCCGAAGCUUUCGUAUGUACAGUAUACAGUAUGUACAGUAUACCUUGCCAUGAGUCGAGAUUAAAGAAUGAGAGAUCAUUAAAUGUGAUCAUCACAAAUAUAAUGCUAAGUAUUUUCUCAACAUAUUAAUUGAAGUACGUCUGCUUUACUAGUUAUGUAAUAUUUAAAACGUCUUCAGCACACUUUCACAUUUUCUGUUUUUCACAGGCUUGAAAUACAUCCCUUCUAACAAUUUGUGACUUAAAUUAUAAGUCUUGUGGACUGUUGUAUAUGCAGUACUGGUCUAAUGCAGAUUUAAUUUUACAAUGCAUAUAAACCUCUCAUGUCAAAUAUCUUAAAGCUGAUGCUUAGCAGUUAAAGCUACAAACAAAUCAGUGUCAUAUCAUGUUACCAUGCUAACAAUGGUUCAAACAGUUAAAUGCUCUCUGUCGUCACCUAACAUUUCAUAGUAUUGUCAUUACGACAUAGAAGAUAGGCAAGAAUAAAAACAGCUGUUUAAAGUCAAAUAAUUUUCACUCUAUUUGUGCGGUAAUCCUUUGAUUUUGUGAUGAUGUAAUAGCGAAUAAACAUGCAAUGGUUACAUGGGCAAGUGUACAGUUCUGCCAUGUACCGACCAUGAAAGCCAGCUAAAAUACUGUAGGUACUGUACUUUCAUGCUUGCUGCCACCCAAUUGAUAAAUACUUGGUUACCUUUAGCCUGUUUUCAUAUGCUUACAUUACUUACAGGGGUCGGUUAGCUUAAUCCCAUGGGUUAAACCAAUACCUUCAAAGAUAUCUUAUCGACAGCGUAUUUAUAAAAAUGGAGAUGUUUUUCCAUGCAUCUUGUCUGGGGCAAUAUGUUUUAUAACGUUUUGAAAUACUGUAAAGGAAUUCGCAGAUGUAUCCAAUUAACUCAAUGUUAGCGCUAAUCCAGCUUUGACCAACCCCAUUACAUUAUUUAUCAGAACAGUAGUAACGAGUUAUCCAAAAGUGUGAAGUGGGUGACAACGGUCAUGCGUUAUACGUUGACGACACAGUAUCUAGAAGAAAAAACACAACUUAUGACUGCAUGGACACCACAGUACCUAACUCGUUUUAUGUGCAAUCUUUGUCACUGAUGAGAUGCUGUUGUUGUGACAACUGCAUAAUAUUAUUGUCUUUCCUUGUCUGAUAUCUGUUCUUUGUUUUAUAUUUUGUGGCUAUUUUUCGUUAAAUCUUUAUAUAAUUUCUUUAGGCAAGGAUACGAUCAGAAAGAAGAUUGUCAAGCGUAUUCUUUCUCCAAUUACAAUCCUUCGAUCUGUAUCGGAGGAAGAGAAGACCAUCAAUGAUCUUCCUCAAAUUGCAAGCCCAGGCUACGAGGGAAAAUCUAAUAAUGUAUUAGUUGAAGCUCGCCCAAAGAAACUGCUUGAUAUGAAUCCUUUAUAUCUUGCUCAAGAGUUGUCUUUGAUUGAUAAAGAACUUCUUGUGCGUAUUCCGUGGAUUGAACUAUCAACUUGCGGCUGGAUGACCAAGCACAAGGUACUUAUUGUCUCGAUUUAUACUCGAGGGGAAUGAUAUCCUGGACGAAUCUAACUGGGGGAGGAGGAUGCCUCUGGACGAAUCUAACUGGGGAUGGGGGGGGGGGCAAUGCCUGUGGGCAAAUCUGAGCAAAGAAAAGAUAUCUCGUCUGACAAUUUGCCUACUGUAUGUGUAAACGCGGCAAACAGACGGAUCUUCCGUCAAGACGAACCAUUCGUAUAAACAAACGGAAUUUCUGGUGAUGCCCAAUCCGCGUUAAAUUAAUGGCAGAUCCGUGUAUGCGUAACGUAAAUACCUUUUCAGGCCUGUUGAUUUGAAAGAUUUUGAAACAGUCUCUAAACCUGCAGUAUGUUUGUUAAGCCGAGGUAUUGUUUUAUUACAGCCAUGCAGGCAUUCCAUGUAACAAAACUUCGAGUUUCCGUAGUUACGAAGCGUUGUGUAUUGGGCGUGAAACUGUAGUGUUUGCCAAGAGCUUUUGACAGUUUCUAAUCUGAACGCGAACAAUAAUUUCGUCUCCCGCUUUUCCUGUAAAGGCGAGGUAACACAGAACAAUUUUGAACAACAUUUCGCAAUGCAACUCGUUGCCAAGCCAAUCUAAUCUCAUGUAACAUCAUUUGCAUUGUGAAUUGUUUACCCGCGUUUGACGUCAUUAUGAGAAUGAUCUUUUGGAACCUUUAAAUAUUUGUCACAAGCACUCAUGUUUUGCAUGAGCAGAGAGACAGUACUUUUUGGACACAAUAGUUUAUUCAUAAUUUUAAUGCUGGUACUGAUGUUUGUAAACUUUUUUCUAGUACCAACGUUCUCCUAGUGUUAUGGCAAUGGUGGAGUUCUUUAAUCGUAUUGCUCUUCUUGUUGCCUCGGAGAUCUUGUUUGAAGUUGAUCCAAUGAUGAGAGUUCGUGUUAUCUCGAAAGUUAUUCAGGUUUGUAUUUUCGAAAAUUUAUUAUUAACAGUGUAUGGUAACAGUUCACAGUAACAAAAGGGACAAAGGGUUGGAGUAUGUUAGCCAAUUGUUUCCAACCGGCAAUAUUUCGUGACACUGAUUACAUCGUAUUAUAAUGCUUUUAGGUGGCGAACAAGCUCCGUGCAAUGGGCAACUUCAACUCCUUGAAAGCUCUGCUGGGUGGUCUGCAAUGCACGCCAAUCUAUCGACUCAAGGAGACUUGGAAAGAAGUAUCAUCAAAGCGCAAAAAGUAAGUUUUGUAAAGGAAUGAUUAAAGAUGAAUGCUAAAAACAAAAUAGCUACUGCAUAUCUAAAUUAAAUUUAUUUAUACUAGACAGUUCGAGCCUCUAACAGUUCUUGUGCUGUUUAUAAAUGUCUAGUAAGGGCAUCCCUUAUUGGUCUAGUGUUACUACCGGGGGAAAGCGCUGUGUCCGGUAAAAAGUCAAACUGGAAGCACGCUUCCCACAUAUACGAAUGAGGUAAAAUUAUAAUCAGUAAAGUACAGUAAUGAGUAAUCUUGUUUGUGCGAAUGUAGGUAGUGCCAAUAAUAACUGAAUCUUGCAUCUCUAUCAAUCCGAAGCUUUCCAAUCGGUAAAGUGCAUAUUGCAGGUACUGAAAGCACCUGCACUAUGUAUGCGUUAGUAUUUAUUUCCAUAUAAUCUUCUAAUCAAGAUAUGUCUUCCUGCAGAAACUUUCGUGAAUUAACAAAGUUAAUGAGCGAGGAGGACAACUUCGCAGCAUACCGAAAUGAGGUGGACAAUCUAAUGAACCAGAAAUCUCCAUGCCUACCAUUCUUGGGAGAUUUUCUCACACAGAUUGCACAGACUCAGACCUACUUGUCGUGUCGUAAAAAGAAAAGCCCUGAGCCUCCUAAGAACGAGACUUUCUCGGCUACGGGUGGCGAUGCGAGUCCUACUACACCAACACCGCAACAUAUUGAGAAACAAUCCUCAAGGGGGAAAACUCAUUCUCGUACGAGUUUGGUUAAUAAAAGACGAAGUACUUCGAUUAAAGUCAAGGAUAGCAGUUUCUCGAAGUCGUCUCCAAACCUUCCCACAUCUUGCACGCGAACUCCAGAAAGGUCAUCUCAUUAUCGUUCGCACAGAUUCCGAAGAUGUCGGAGUUGGCAGUAUAGUAAUGAUAGCGGGAUACAAGUUAAUAACAGUAAUAACUCUAGCUUAUCUGCCAGUUCAGUGUCUUUCCUAACCAGUAACACGUCGCUGGGCAGUGGGACAUUCGGGUUUCAUUCCAAAAAUGGAACGAGCGAUGAAAGAUCAGGAAACUCACGGCCACAGAAUCUUGGAAGAUCUAGUUCAACCAGUACACCGAUAUCUGUGAAGAGUUCCAGGAAGUUUAAACUUCGUCGUAAUCAAAGUGUUUCUGAUAAAUGUUUAUCGAACUCAGAUAGUGGUAACAGUUUGAAGACAAGACUUUCGUUCAUGCGUUCAUUCCGACGUAGUAAGAGCUUGGAUCAAUCACCGUCCAGCGCAGAGAGCAUACAGAGAUUGUACUCAGCUAGGAUGGAAAACGGAGGAAGUCCUGGAAAGACGCCUGACGUGAAGGAAGUUCGGAGAAUACCUGUACCGGAGACCACUGAUGAGACAGGUAAUGUAUACAUUAUUUACCUCUAUAGUCGAGAAAAUUAUAGAUUAAUAUUUGAAGACACCUGAUGUGGCGUUAUAUCUUAAAUGUUUCGGUAAUAUUUUCAUAAAUUUAUCAAAAUUUUGGCUAUAACUAUUACUUUUUAAUCCGAGCUAUUCAAAUAUUUUCGCUGACUGCGAAAACGAUUUGCCGAGAAAUCCGUUAUUUUGCCGACAAGACUUUUUCAGGGGGUGUCACCUUCCCCCCCCCCCGCUCCCCCUCCAUAGCUACGGCCCUGACUGCAUGGUCAAUAUAAAGUUCAGUCCGGUUUCAAGAUGUUGACACACAGCGUUGGGUUUUUACUGUGUAUUGUACACUGUAGGUGAAUUCGUUCUAUCGUAUCAUGGCUCUGAUAUAUAGUUAUAUUUACGAAAGGUCUGUGCCAGUGUCGAUGGAGAGAACUCUACAACUACCUGAAAAGUACAAGCAGAACAUCGACGUUUCGAGCGAAGACCCUUAGGGCCUGUUCAUAUUGGGAAAAGUUAUCCCGGUUAAUUUAACGAGAAAACUUUACGACAAGCCAAAUACUGUACUUUUGUUCUGUUCAUUUGUAGAAACGUUAUCCCGCUCACCGGUUGUGACGUAGUUUCCGGCUGUGACGUAGCACUGAACAUCAAUUGAAUUGAAAAGUUGCUGACACGACAGAAAGUUAUCCGCUAAGCGGGAAAGUUGUGUUCAUAUGGGAAAAACUCAAAAACAUUAUCCCGGUCACCCAGAUCUCGCCUGUCAACAAGCGAGAUCUCGGUACACGGGAAAACUUUUUGUCUCAUACGAACGCAGUGUAACUUUUCAUAUUAUUUUCAUACCAAAGCGAGAUCUCACGUGUAAACUUGUCGAAAAGUUUUCUUGCCAACCGGGAUAACUUUUGCCCAUAUGAACAGGCCCUUAGUUUUGGCUACUAACUGCCCGACGAAGGGCCUUCGCUCGAAAUGUCGAAGUUCUGCUUAUAUUUUUCAGGUCAGGCCAAAAAACAAAUGUGGGUUUCCGGUUUCCCGACCCUACCUAGCUUUUGGACGCCGAAAUCCCGACCCUAAACUUUUUUAUUGGAUCAUGCUUAUAAGUGUUUCCACUUAGAGGAAAAUGUUUUGUGGAAAAUGGAAAUUUGAGGCAAUUUUAGGGAAAUAUAUUUUCGGAUGUGGAAGCACUGACUAAACAAAAUGGCGUCCAAUUGUUAGGAAAAUUUUAAAAAAAGUUUAAAAAAAAGGUUAAAACCGACCUACCCUACCUAAGUUUUUACAAGAAGAAAUAGGAAACCCACUUUUUUUGCCUCACUGUAUCUCUUGCAUCCGCAGCUUUCGUAUUAUAUUUACCAUUAGCAAAGUAAAUGCUAACCAAUGAUUUAUUGUUUUUCUACAGGUACUGAACUACAACUGUGGCAUUUCCAUGUAGCUGCAAUCCAAUACAACUACCCAAGUCGACCGCAUAUCAAAGAAUUUCUGCUGUCAACGACAUUUAAUUCUGAGGAAGACAAUUACAAACUGUCAUUGCAGAGAGAACCGCCUGCUAGGAAGGCACAGUCUGUUUCAUGAGACUAAAUUUUAUCAUAGAGCCAAACACGGCAGAGAAAGAACUAUAAGGAUAUAUAUCUAGAGCUAUUACCUAUGCAUCAUAUGUGAUGUGUGAUAUAGAGUACUGUAUAUAACGUAUAUUUCGACUCAGAGUAUAUAUAUGUUCACUCUUAAAGAGGUUGUGUUUCUUUUGUAAAUAUUUUAUUUUAAAAUGUCUGUAUCUCAGCAAUGCUUUAGCAGUAUUUUACCUCGCUAAUAAAUAGCUUUAAACUUUAUCAAGCGUGUAUCAGUAUUUCUUCUUCCGACCCAAAAG